CUUUUCGAUGAUUGGUGUUCGCCAUCAUUAUCAAUGCAUAAGAUUUACAGUUACAGUGCAUAAAUAUUGUUAACAAAUCAAUUCUAUUUCGCUCUCCAUGGCACCUUUUUCAUGCAUCCCUGCAAUCUUUUUUUUGUUAGCUGCAAUUCAUGCACUGUUUUGUCAAUGAUGGUUAAAAAACCGAAUAAUCAACAUUGACUAAACUACAGUGACCCUUUUCCUAGUCCGCUUCCGUCAUGUCGACUCUCGUUCUAUUAUUGCCAGCGUAGAUAGGCAUUUGCUCGAUCGAGAUUCUUUUGAGGUUCAUUACCACGUGAUGACGUAUAACUUUUCAAGUAUCGUACGAUUUUCAUUAUCUUCUCUAUCAUGCGUACGUUGCUUGCUUGUUGUUCAAACCAAAAAGGGGCGGAUCGGGGGAGGGAGGAAGAGGACGAAAACGUCAUUGACUUUAACGCUGCUUAGCCUCUAUUUGUUGCUCAUCCUGAAUUUCAGGAAAAAAUUGUCCACCGCAACCAUGGGUCACCGGUUCCACCUUGUACGUUUUUAUUUUUCUGUGGCUAGUAAGGUACCUACUGCGUUGAUCAUUCCUUUUUCAGGUUACAACAUUCAGAAGUGUGCAAUCUUGGCAACAUUGCCUUUCAAUGUACUGAAUGCAAUUUAGGCCCAACUCCAAUGCAUGAUUUUUAAUCAAAAUGACGAUUGAUCGCGAGAGAAUUAAUUGAUCGAUGGAGAUGCAUAAGGGCCUGGCUGCUUAUAAGCUAUCGAUGAUGCAGAAAUCCUCAUAUCCAUAUGUCAAGCAAAGUAAUACGAUUAUAAACAUUUGGUAUUUCU